AUGACUGCUAUAUAUGGUUGUCUACAUGAUGAGAGGAUUGCUCUUCUUGGUAUCAAAUCGUCGUUGUUAUCUGGUGAUCGGGGAAAUAUUGAUCCAGAGUCUUGGAAUAACAACAGUGACUGUUGUAGUUGGGAUGGGGUGCAGUGUUCAUCAACCACAAAGCAGGUCACAAGGUUGGACAUUUCCAGUACCCAACCACCCUGGAACUCCAAUUACACUCUCAACAUCUCCUUAUUCUUGCCAUUCAAGGAAAUGAGAGCCCUAAUUCUAUCAGGAAACCAAAUCAAUGGCUGCAUUCCCAUUACUGAUUGUUUUGGGAGUUUGGCAGGACUGAAGAAACUGGAGUACUUGGACCUCUCUGGCAAUUAUUUCAAUGGCAAAGAUCUGUCAUCUUUGGGUGCAUUAGCUUCUCUCAAAGGUCUCUCCCUGCGGCACAAUUACAUGGGAAGCGAACUGUUUAUCAGAGGAGAUUUGUCAAAAUUGAGCAAACUCAAAUACUUGGACUUAUCAGACAAUUACCUGAAUGAAAGCAUUGUUCCUAAUUUGAUUAGACUAUCUUCUCUGAAAACUCUUAUCCUUUAUCGGAAUAGAUUCUGUGCAAUGAAGAAACUUCAAAUACUUGAUCUUAGUCAUAACAAGUUCACAGGAGACCUUCCCCUCUGCUUUAGGAAUCUGUCAUACAUAAAUUUCUUUGAUAUUUCCAACAAUCAAUUUGAAUCCAAUUUCCUCUCAACCUUCAUCAGAAACUUUACAACAUUUGAGUAUGUUUUCGCUUCAAACAACGAUUUUCAUGGCAUUUUCUCCAUAGGAUCAGUUGUUAAUCAUACCAAAAUCAAGAUGUUAGAUCUUUCAAAUAAUAAUCAUUUGGAGAUCCACAUUGAAACUCCAAAUUUGAGGCCAUUAUUUGAGUUGGAGGGUCUGCUUUUGUCAAACUGCAUCAUCAACCAAGAUAAUGGGUUGAAAACUAAUAUUAUAACUUCGUUAUUGGAGAGUGAUGCCAAUUUACAUUACGUUAGCCUACAAAAUGAUUCCUUAAGUGGAGAACUUAUCCUCCCAUCUAAUCUCACAAUGAGUUUGACAUACAUUGAUUUAUCCCAAAAUCAACUCACUGGAGAGCUACUUAUUAACAUCAGCCUUGUUCUUCCCAACUUAACAUAUCUGAAUUUGUCACACAACAUGUUCCAAGGUGUCAUCCCCAUCUCAUUUAAUCAUCUGAGACAACUAGAAGUUUUGGACUUAUCAAAUAACAAUUUCUCAGGACAAAUACCUGUUUUUUUUAGAGAUAUGCAAUAUCUUUCUAUAUUAAACCUAUCUAUGAACAAAUUUAGAGGAAACCUACAGCCAAAUAACUCAAACCCAAUUGACCUAGAUGUUUUUCUUAUAUUUGGGAAUCAACUCAAUGGUGAAAUUUCUGAGAGCCUUUGCAAAAGCUCUUAUCUUUCUUGGUUGGAUAUUAGUGAGAACCAAUUUUCUGGUGCAUUACCAAGUUGUAUAAGGAAUCUUUCAGGACUCUUUGUCCUUAAUGCCAGGGGAAAUAAUUUAGUAGGUCAUUUCCCAGUUGAGCUUUGCAAUCUUUCUAACCUUGAAGCUCUUGAUCUCUCGAGAAAUCAUUUCUUUGGUCAACUGCCAUCCUUCUUCAAUUUAUAUAGUUUGGAAUAUCUAAAUUUGAAUGACAAUAACUUUGUCAGAUCCAUCCCAAAUUCUUUGUCAAGCAGUCCAUUGAGAUCAUUAAACAUAGGGAAUAACCAUUUCUCUGGGAAUUUCCCAAGUUGGAUUGGAAAAGCAUUAAAAAAUCUUAUGAUUCUUUCCUUGGGAGGAAACAAUUUUGUGGGCUUGAUAUCAAACCAAAUUUGUAACUUAAGACACAUCCACAUUCUAGACUUAUCUUACAACAACUUAUCUGGAAAUAUACCUUCAUGUCUUCAAAAUAUGGGUCAUGAUAGUGAUUGGCAAUAUGACUUCAUGUCUAUGGGGUGGACCUCAUUUGCAUAUGAAGACAUGCUCGACAUGCAUAGAGGCUUUCUCCCUAAUCUCGAUUUUACUUUGAUGUUUGAAUUACCCACAUUUAAAGGCAUUAUUGAUUUUGCAAACAGAAAAAAGGUUUAUGAUUACAAAGGGAACAUCAUGAACCAUUUUUUUGGGUUGGAUUUGUCUUCUAACCAAUUAGUGGGCGUGAUUCCUUGGGAGAUUGGCAACAUCAUUAAGCUCCAUGUUUUGAAUUUGUCUAAUAAUCUACUGGUUGGAUCCAUUCCUGAAACAUUAUCAAGAUUAAGGGAGAUUGAAAGCUUAGAUCUCUCCCACAACAUGCUGACAGGCAGCAUACCAACAGAACUAAAGGAGCUACAUUUCUUAGAGGUUUUCUCUGUGGCAUACAAUAACUUCUCGGGUCCAACACUAGGAAGAGUUUCACAAUUCAGCACAUUCGAUGAAAGCAGCUAUGAGGGAAACCCAUAUCUUUGUGGACCCCCUUUGGUGAAGAAUUGCUUUGCUAUAACAGAAAUACUGCCAUCAGCAUCACCACAGCAGACUGAGGUUGGAAAUGAAGCAGCAAUGGAACAUAUCAUAUUCUUUACUUCAUUCGCCCUUGCUUACAUCAUCAGCUUCUGGGGAUGGAUGGUUCUUCUCUACUUCAACAAGCACUGGCAGAAUUCUUUGUUCCUAACAACUGACAGAUACACCGAGGAAGCCAUUGACAAGGUUGGUAAACUGAUGUCAAGGAUGAAGUCUUGUUGGUAG